AUGAAAAGCGGAGCAGCUUCGACAGCGUCGCUGUGGCGAUGGAGUCUCUGUAUCACUAUGACGUCGCUGUCUCUUUGGAAGCUCGUGGAGCUGGUAGUGAGCGCUAGUGGAUAUUGGGACCGAUGUAGCCACACUAGAUCCAAAAAGAACCAGAUUUUGGCUGGGUUUCCAGGUCUGAUAGGCAACACGCCACUCGUGGAACUGACCAGUUUGUCGAGGGCCACAGGCUGUACCAUACUUGCGAAGGCCGAAUUCUUGAAUCCGGGUGGAAGUUCGAAGGAUCGUGUGGCAAAGAAAAUCGUUGAGGACGGUGAGCGCCGAGGUCUUCUGAAAGAGGGAGGGACGAUUGUAGAAGGCACUUCGGGCAGCACAGGCAUUAGUUUGUCGCUGAUGGCACGAGCACGAGGCUAUAGAUGCAUUGUCGUGAUGCCUGAUGACCAAGCAAAGGAAAAGAGUCAGUUUUUGUCGCAGUUUGGUGCCGAGGUUGUGCUGGUGAAGCCGGCGUCCAUAGUGAAUGCCAAGCAUUACGUCAAUGAAGCCAAGCGUUUGGCACGUAAAACUCAAGGAGGAUACUUCACUGACCAGUUUGAGAAUACAGCUAACUUCGACAGCCACUAUUCCACAACCGGACCCGAAAUUUGGCGUCAGACGAAUGGGACUGUGGAUGCCUUUGUGAUGGCUGCUGGCACUGGAGGCACUAUCGCGGGCACAUCAGUCUACUUGAAGGAGCAAAAUCCGGACGUGCAGGUGUUUCUUGCUGACCCGCCGGGCUCCAGUUUGUACAAUAAGGUCCGGAACAACGUGUGUUUUGCUCCUCAGCAGGCUGAGGCCAAAGUGCGUCGCCACCGGUAUGACACAAUUGCUGAAGGCGUGGGCAUUGAUCGCUUGACGAAAAACUUCCUGCUCGCUAAGAUCGAUGACGCCUUCACGGUGACAGAUCAGGAGAUGGUUGAGAUGUCUCGCUUCCUGCUGCGUGAAGAAGGCAUCUUCGUGGGCAGCUCAAGCAGUCUUAAUUGCGUGGCAGCAGUUCGCGCCGCUCGCAAACUCGGACCGGGUCGCACCAUCGUCACAGUUUUGUGCGACUCGGGUCAACGUCAUCUCACCAAGUUCUGGAACGACGAACACAUUCGCAAAGAGUGGCAACUCGAGCCAAAGGCUUCGCACCUUGAGUUUUUGGACGGCUCUUCAGGUCAGCCGUAG